AUGGCAGCGCUGGGAAACUCGGAAGCCGAGCCAAAGCGUCGCGUGACAGACCAUAACUGGUUUGCAGCAUUUGUUGCGUUUAUGAUAUUCUGCUUCUUCUUUGUGGUGCUUGGCUUCACGGAGGGGAGCCCAGCACGACUGUACAAAGGAAUGAACUAUCAAGGAAAGACGUGCGGUGUAGACCCUGAGGUCCGAGACCUGCCAUAUUUAUACUUUCCUCUCGAUCCUCGCGAGUCAUUCGCUUCUAUCAUGAUUAACGACGCGCGUUGCGUGGCCAAGUGCCCCACUGAGGCGGACGUGGAGAGCGGACUGACGAUCCCAACUCCUAUCCGAGAAACGAGCAUCGACGCUGCCAGAACCUCUGCACUUACAGCCGAGUAUCUGUUGCUCUCGCCUGCCUACGCAACUACCCUAAUGGCAGACGCGUAUUGCAUUCCCCUCGAUCACUCGCUUCGUUCGCAGCUCGCUCCAGCUCUGAACAACACCUUCCGUCAACUUCAGUUCGCCAUUGGCUCCUUCGUCAAUUCAUGGGGCUGUGUCUUUGGAUACUUGUUCUUCGCUGUUUUCAUUUCUCUCAUCUUCUCCGCCUCCAUGAGAUUCUCCCCAGGACUCCUGUUCGGCGGUGCAGCUGCGGGGAGCAUUGCACUGGCUUUUGUGGCAGGGGGAGUUCUUAUAAAGAGUGGUUUCUCUGGUGUGCUCGACCAGGACAAAGGCAACUUCUACUCUCUUGACUACACUCUAGCCAUGUUUCUCGCUCCAGCUCUGAACAACACCUUCCGUCAACUUCAGUUCGCCAUUGGCUCCUUCGUCAAUUCAUGGGGCUGUGUCUUUGGAUACUUGUUCUUCGCUGUUUUCAUUUCUCUCAUCUUCUCCGCCUCCAUGAGAUUCUCCCCAGGACUCCUGUUCGGCGGUGCAGCUGCGGGGAGCAUUGCACUGGCUUUUGUGGCAGGGGGAGUUCUUAUAAAGAGUGGUUUCUCUGGUGUGCUCGACCAGGACAAAGGCAACUUCUACUCUCUUGACUACACUCUAGCCAUGUUUGUGGGUUUCGUGCUGUUAGCCAUUGGCUGCUUCCUUGUGGUGGCUCUCUUCGUCGCUCGUCGGGCGGUUGUCACUGCCCUGCGCGUGAUGGAGUGUACAGCGCAGGCUCUUGGGGAUAUGCAGCAAGUGUUCCUGACUCCCCUUUUCUUUUCCGCAGUCACCAUUGUCUGGGUUGGGGUGUGGCUUUGGUCCUACGUGUUCAUGGUGUCUUCUGGGAAAGUAGGAGCGACAGAGAUCCCCAUGGGUUUGGAGCAAAACGGCGACAUUGGUAUCCUUCCUUUGCACCGGGAGUUUGUAUGGGACGUUCGGCUGAUGUUCUUCGCUCCCCUUUGGUGGCUGGCUUUGUUCUGGGUGGUAGAGGCAUUGAUGGCAUUUGCGCACUUCGUCAUCUCUUACACGGCGACGGUUUGGUACUUCUCUCCCCCCGAAGGAGCAGACGAGAGGGACGUCGGAUGGUUCCCUCCUCUUGUGGCGAUUGGGCUUGGGUCUAUUCAUCACUUGGGAAGUUUUGCUGUCGGCGGCCUCGUCAUGGGGGCAACACGGCCCAUCCGGCUGCUGUUCCCAUGGGCAGCGACUAAGCACUUUGCGUCGACUGACGAUUCAGCUGUCGUUCGAAGCCUGAGGAACAGCUUUCGAAACAUUAUGAGCCCGCUGGCGUUCGUCGUUGACAGGUUCACCUCUUCAGGAUACAUCGAGAUGUCAAUAUCCUCCAAACCCUUCUUCCCUGCCAUGGACAAGUCCCACAUGCGCUUGAUUCAAGCGAGGUCGCCAGCAACAUAUCUGCAUGGGGCCGUAGCAACUGCAUCUGCAAUUGCCUCCCUAUUUAUUUCUCUUCUGGUCGGCAUGAUGACUUACUCUGUGAGUUCAAUGACAAGCGCUCCUCUCUGCGUCUCAAUCUUCACCGCUGCCAUAAGCUUCAUGAUUGCCAUGCACUCCAUGGCGGUUUGGGACAUCGUGGCCGACACGUUCAUGUACUGCUUUUUAGUAGAGUCUGUACAGCCACCUGGUAAGGAAGCAACACGAGCACUAGGCGUGAAGCGCUUGUGUACACGCCGCACGCGCCCUCAUCUAUACUCAGUUGCCCUGGCAGCAUAUAUCCGAGCGUAA